GGUGAUCAUGUUCAAAGUGAUGAUGAGAUUGAUGCAUGGGUGAGACAGAAUGCUGAUACUGCUUAUCAUCCAUCAUGCACCUGUAAGAUGGGUGCCGAAGAUGAUCCAAUGGCUGUUGUUAAUAACAAAUUAGAAGUCUUAGGAGUGGAAAAUCUGAGGGUUGUGGAUGCGUCAAUAAUGCCAACCAUCGCUAGUGGAAAUCUCAAUGGGCCAACUAUUAUGAUUGCAGAGAAGGCAGCAGAUAUCAUCUUAGGAAAUCCCCCACUUCCUAAAUCAACUGCUCCGGUGUACAAGACACCUGAAAAAGGCCAGAGAUAA